AACAUUGGCACACGAUUCUUACCGGUGUAUAGGUAAAAGUUGUCAGAACUUACUUUACACGUUUGUACACUUUUUAAGACGCUUUUUCAUCGAUUUUAGAAGCUUUCUGCUUGCGUAUUUUUAAUAGCAAUGUAUAUAAUAUCGUGUACUUUAGCGGUGUUCAUUCUUGGCGUCUUAUCUGCAACAGAAGCUAAGCUGAGGGAAGGCGACUGUGAUGUGUGUAUCAAGUUCCUGACAAAAUUUUCCAAAGAAGAGUUGGAUGGUAGUGAAAAGGGCCCUGAUGAUGUUAGGAAAAAACUUAAAGCUGUCUGUAAAAAGUCCAAAGGAAAAGACCAAAGAUUUUGUUACUAUAUUGGUGGUACAGAUGAUGCAGCCACCAGUAUACUGAACGAGAUCACAAAGCCAAUGUCUUAUCAUGUUCCUCCUGAAAAGAUCUGUGAAAAGUUGAAGGACAAGGAUGCACAAAUAUGUGAAUUACAAUAUGAGCAAAAAAUAGAUGUUCGUAAUGUGGAUCUUAAGAAAAUGAGAGUAAAACAAUUACGUAAAAUCCUUCAAAGUUGGGAAGAGGAAUGCAAUGGUUGCAUUGAGAAAUCAGACUUUAUACAACGAAUUGAAGAACUCAAAGACAAACACAUUGAAUUAUGAAUGUAAUUAAUUGUGAAUGGUAGUAUUAUAUAUACAUUUGAUAUAUGGUGGAAAUUGUUAUUUAAAAAGCAUUUUGUUACAAAAAAUGGUGUUAUCUUUGAAA